CGAACGGAAACACGCUUGUGGUUUUUAAUUGUCCCUUUCAACUUUUGUGCAGGUCAGGCGAGUGGGUCAGACACUAAGUACCACUGCAAACUAUUUAUUUCAACAUUUCGUCAUGGCGUUAGGAACAUUCUUUCCCCGCCGGCUUACGGAAAUAGAACGAACCGACCUUUGGAGGACAAGUCCACCUUAAAUAAAUUUAAAAAAAAAAAUCAUUGACAUCACAUCCGAGGAGUCUCCUUAAGAGGCGCCUCGCGGACGUUCUUGAGCCCGAGAGAGAGGCACUGUAGACCGAAUAGAUAGCUAAGAAGCAACGGGCGGAAGCGUUUUCGUACACCUUGUGGAUAUUUCGUUUCACUCACCUUCUUUUUGGGGGGAAUUCGCCUCUGUUCUGUUCGGUUUUAUACCUUACAUGCCAAAGCUGGGGGAACAAAUUGGACCUACUUCCACGCGAAGCUUCGCGGUUCUCGCCACAGUCAUCGGUUAUCGGAUGGACCAGCAUCCCAGCGCCCGGAGCUGCACCAGCCGCGGGGCUUCUUCGUCCUGCGAGGCCGCCCCCGCCGAGCCCUCCAUGAACCUGCACAUCCACUCCACCACCGGCACCCGCUUCGAGCUCUCGCUGCCCCAGGAAGAGACCGUGGACGGGCUGAAGAGGAGGCUCUCGCAGCGGCUCAAAGUACCCAAAGAGAGGCUCGCCUUGCUGCACAAAGAAACCAGACUAAGUUCGGGCAAACUCCAGGAUCUUGGCGUCUCCGAUGGGAGCAAGUUAACACUCGUACCGACCGUCGAAGCAGGAUUAAUGUCUCAAGCAUCAAGACCUGAGCAGUCAGUAAUGCAAGCCUUGGAGAGCUUAACCGAAACGCAGGUCAGCGACUUCCUGUCUGGCCGCUCUCCCCUCACGCUGGCCCUCCGCGUGGGUGAUCACAUGAUGUUUGUCCAGCUCCAGCUGGCAGCACAGCAGUCUGGCGGUCCGCAGCUCCAGCAUAGGCACCUUAUCACCCGGGGCAACUCAGAUGCCACGAUGGGCCAGCCUACAGGACAGCCUUGUCUCCCUCAGCCGCACUCCCACCUCCACUCUCAUUAUCCACACAGCCCCCACUUGCCUCAGCCAGGCACCUCCUUAUCCUCUUCCACGAGCACCUCGACCUUCCCUCUUCCCUCCACACAGCACCAGUCUCUGCCCCCAAGUUACCAUCAGUCCCCGUCGUCUGCUCCUCACUGCAACCCAGCCACCCCUCCUCCUCCUUCCCGCUCCCCUCCCAUGUCUCAUGUCCCCGGGAGUCUGUUCCGGUCUCCUCCCCAUCACCUGCGGGACCACCACCACUACCACCAGCCUUCCUCAGGCCAGAGCAGCCACAACAUGAGCCAGGCCAGCCCUGUAGCCCCCGUUUUGUGCCCAGAGGCCAGCUGCAGCACCAGCAGCCCCAGUAGUGGCACCAGUUCCUCAGCGCGCUCCCGUAAACCUGGCGCCAUCAUUGAGAGCUUUGUGAACCACGCUCCUGGAGUCUUUUCAGGGACCUUUUCAGGCACUUUGCACCCUAACUGUCAGGACAGCAAUGGCCGCCCCAGGCGAGAUAUAGGUACCAUUCUUCAGAUUCUCAAUGACCUCCUGAGCGCCACACGCCACUACCAGGGCAUGCCGCCGUCCCUCACCCAGCUUCGCUACCAAACCCAGUGCAGCACGCCCAGCUCGCCGUCCCCGUCACCGCCUCCCUCGCCCCCAGUGGUCGGCACGACUGGACUCUCCGCCAAAGCUACCUCGGUGCCCACUGGCAACCCCAGCAGCCCUCCACCGGCCCUUCAUCCACUGGUGCAGUGCCAGAGCCAGAUCCGCAUGUGCAAGCCCCCUGGUGACCGAGUCCGGCAAACGGAGAACCGCGCCACCCGCUGCAAGGUGGAGCGCUUGCAGCUGCUGAUGCAGCAGAAGCGCCUGCGCCGGAAGGCCCGGCGGGACCAGCGCGGCCCCUACCAUUGGCUCCCCAACCGCAAGGCGGGCCGCAGCAACAGCAACAGCAGCAUGUCCAGCGAGGGCUCCCUGGACCUGGACUUUGACGACUCCGUGUGGAAGCCCGACGUCAAGGCCGACUUGAAGUCCGAGUUUGUCAUGGCCUGAAAGGAAGAAGGAUGUGCAAAGCAAAGUUCGGGGGAGUUUGCAGCGGGCAGGGGAGCGGAUCAACAAGGGGGCAGGCAUGAGUGUGUGAUGAUAGGAAUGACCCCCUUGUAGACUUCAAUCACAUUAUCCUUCACAGCAACAGGACUUAGUCUGAUGCUUGGAUUUGGACUCUUCACGUACGGUCUCAUGACAAAGAUGAAACCUUGAAUAUAAGCAUAGCAGAAUUCCGUGGGUGGUGGUGGUAUUUUUUUGACGUGUGUGUGUGUGUGUGUGUGAGAGAGAGAUAAGGCACACACUGGACAGUGACUUAGAGCUCCAAGUGGACUUCCCAACAGGACACAAGCACCAGAUGCCUCAGUGUUCUCUCCCAAACCGCCCAACAAUGGCAGAGCCGCCGAACUCUUUGGAAUAUUGCGAUGGGCAUUCUUUACUGAUCUCCAAACUCACUCGAGCAGUCCGCUUCUGACCUGUUACAGGCUGGUUCAAUGUUGUUUGUUUUUUAAACAUUCUAUUUUCUGAAGCAGAAAAAAAGAUGUAGCAUUGUUCACAAAGCAUUCAGGUUUUCAUAGAACAGUUCAAAACGUUGAUUUGCACAGGAUAUUGAUUUCUAACUAGUGUGCAGAAAUAAUAUGGAAGUAUUGAUAUCAACCUCAGUGAUCGUAAUGAUUUAAGGGUUGACAGAAAGUGCUUUAGAUGGGGGAUUUUAAAAUCUUUACAAAAACGAAUUAUGACAUUUAAUAAGAAAAAAAAUUGUUUUUUUAUUUUAUAAAAACCUUGCUGUUUUCCAAAAACAGCAGCCGUCUGCGGCUUCGUGGUUGACUACCAAUAAACAUCCAUUCAGUCGUUCAUUCAUGAUGUGGUUCAUGAGUUCACAGCGGUCUAAUGACACGCAACUCACAACCCAAGUAGUUUAUGUACAUAAAUGUGACGACUGGCAAAGAUUUAUUAGACUGUGUGUUGUUCGUCCCCCCUCAUAUUUGUUGUUUUCUCCUAGGUUUAUCCAAUCAGCUAAUUAUAUCCCCCUCCCUCACAACCAUUUUAAGUUCCUCUAGCAAUUAUAUUUUUAUGGACAAAGUGUGGGGAAAAGUGUGAUUAGUUUGUUACCUAGUGCCUCCACCAGGACAUCCAUGAACAUAUCACAGUUUUGCUGCUACACACCUUGACAAAAAAAAUGAAAAAAAAGUGUCAGGAAGCGUUUUCUUUGCAUGCGGAUGACGUGGGGAUGAAAUGGACAAAGGAGAGCAGAGGUGAGGGUUCACAUGCAUGAAUUUUUUAUGAAAAUAAAAAAAAAAAAAAAAAAAAAAUGCUGCUUUUGUUAAGGUUUUUGUCAUUAUUACUUGUGCGUGUUCAGGGGGAGGCAGACAAAAAACUGUACUGAAAGUAUUAACGGCAAACCAGAACAGAUGAUUUUAAGUGUGACACCCCCCCCCCUCCACUGAACCAUUCAUGUUAAGUGACAAUGAAGUUGGAACCUUACGACGCAACCAAUCCCCCUGCCCCACCCCACCCUCCCUCCCCCCCCAAAAAAAACCCACCUAGAAACUAUUAAGCCCUCUUUCAUGCCAGGAGACCGAGGAUCAUGUAUGGACGCAUUUGCGGAGACCCGAGGAACCAGCGGAAUGUUUUCCACGGAACUUUGUCCAAACUAUCGAGCGUCCCGCCACGAUUGCACUCCCAAGAGGUUGCAGUGAGAGAUUACCUUUUUUGGGGUGAACCUCAUCUUUUUGUUAAGUGGCCUUACCUUUCACUAAGAAAUUGGAGACAAUGGGGACGGGAAUGUUUGUUUGUUUUUGUGUCGACUUGUCAUCAAGGCACCACUUUCAUGGCCAUUUUUACACUGCCUGUAUCAGCCCACGUUUGUCCACCUGCUUUUUGUUUUUUUGCUAUUCUCUAUAAAUGACACAAAAUGGAGGUACAAAGUCAGAAGUGGCAAUUCUCUGCUUUUGGAAGUAGUGUCCCAAAAAACCCACAAAAAAAAAAAAAAACCUCAAACAUCCUUUAGGAGUAGCAACGGAGGUGGGACAGACCCCGUGUAGCCCAUUUUACACGGAAUGUACAAAAACAUUUUUCCACCUUUUCCCCAUUCUGUAUAAACUGCAAUGACACGGAAUAGGGAGGCAAAGUCAACUUGGCAGUUGUCCACCUUCAGAGGUAAUAUUUGCCUGUAAAAGAUGACAUGUUUCCUCCUUAUUCCACCAUUCUGUUUAAACUGCACCGAUACGAAAUACGGAGAGUAAGUUGGCUUGUUGGCUGUCCAUCCUCAGAGGUAGUGUCUGCCUAAAAAAGGCCACCAUUUUCCUCAUGUCUUUUUCGUGUAGUUGUUGUAUAGGAAAAGUCUCCUACACGGACUUGGAUGACGGAGUUGUCUCCGCAAUUAUCUGCCUUUAGAGGUAUUAUGAGAAGCCCCUCUUUCACUGUCUACAUGGGGUGUCGCCAUUUUUCCCCUAUCUUGUGAAAGCCAGCACCUGUAUAAACUGCUUUGCAAUUUUCCAGCUUUGUAGUAUCUCCCUGUAAUAGCCGGCAUUUUCCUUCCCUUUUUCCCUGUCGCUGUUGUGUAUAAACUUCAUCAAAACGGACUUGGAGGACGUUAACCUGCCCGUGUAGUCUGUUUUAUACAGCAUGUAAAACCCCACAUUUUCUUAAUUUUCCGACUUCUGAGGAAGUAUUAGAUCAGCGUGUGAAGGUAUUGCACAAUGCUGUCUCUCUCGACCUUUCCCGCCUUUGCUGGGCUCCGUGUAAAAGGCAAAGGUGGAUAAAUAGUGGGUCUUUUUUUUUUUUUUUUUUUUUUUUAUAGCAGGAUCUGUGUAAAAGUGGCUAAUGUCUCCCAAGGACACGGGGCAUGUGUUGUUUUGUGUUUUCUAGCUGGUGGAGUCUCUAUUCUGUCAAGGCUUCUGUGCCUUAAGUGUUGCCCUUGCUGUGUCGAUGAAAAGUUGCGAUGUUCCUCAACGGCUGUCUUCAUUUCGUCAUCCCGACCUCACAUCCCUGCAAAAAAAAAAAAAGGGUAAAUUUGAA